AUGGUGAUUUGUGUCCACACUUUUUGUGUAUUUUGGGUUUCAGGAGGCGCCCAUUAUUGGGCGACUCCGAAAAACAUAAAUUGUGUACACACAAAUUUCCUUGUGUAUGUGUGUCGUAUUUUGUGCCUUGGCACGGAAAUGCAUGUGAACAAAAAUUUGUGUAAGACACAUUUAAUGCCAAUUCACCCUCAGUGA